UCUUUUAGGCUAUGGAAUUGUCGAAAAAGGGUGGUAAUAAUAUACGAAUUAUUAUCAAGAAAGUGAUGUGCCGAAUUUUAACACCAGAAGUUGGAAGACAAUACAGCUGGGAAGGUCACAAGGGAAACCUAGUUUUUAAGGACUUAAUUCUGGCAAAACUAGUCAUUAAAUCCGUAAGACUAACCACAAAAACAAGUCAUGAAAACAUAACAGAUAAUGAAAUUAUCAAUGUUAUUAAAACUUGGCUGGUAAAAGCCAAAUUAAAAACAAAACCAGUACAGCAGAAUGAAGCUAAUCAUUCAACGUAUGAUGAUGAUGAACAAUAAAAAUGUUCCUUGAAGUACCGCCUAAGAUAAUAACUGUGAUAGUUACUACAUAAUGCCAAAAAUGCCAAAAAUGCAAAAUCAAAGCAAUUAUGAUUUAUUUUUUGUAUAAAAAAAUAUAAUUUUAAGUUUCAGUGAAAAAGUACCUAGGACCUUUGUUAUAAGAACUUUGUUAUAAGAACUUAAUUUAAAUAAAAUGUAUUUAAAUUAAUAUAUGUGACCCGUCUUACAAUUAGUGCCUACCUUCCGAAAGAUGCGCCCCUGUUUAUUACUAUGGGACCCCUAGUUUUUCCCUUGUAAAAUGUGUUAAAUAAAUUUCGAACUGUUGCAUAAUUGUCCUUUUUAUGAUGCAAUAUUUUAGUUGUUGGAACAUUUUUAUUAUAGUAUAGAAUAUCCUAUAAAUAUUUUUUAGAAUAUUCGUGAAUAAUUUAUAAUUGUUUUAAGUAUGCGCAUAGAAUAUUUGAUAUCUCUUUUUAAAUGUUCUA